ACUUGACAUCGUGCGAGUGCGUGUGUUUCACGGUUUCGUAGAAGAAGUUUUUUGUAAUAAUUACAUUUCGUCCCGAAAAUAUGCCCGAAAUAAAAAAGAAAAGACAUGUGUCGAAAAAAAAUAAAAAAGACUGGCGUAAGCACUGUGAUAUUCGUGAUGUAGAAGACUUUUUGGAAGAUCAGCGAUUGGAAGAAAGAUUAGGGAAAUUUGACACAAAACCAGAUAGCGAAUUGUUCGUAAUAGACACGCUUGGCAAGGAUGAAGUCAAAGACGAAAAAGAUGAAAUUACUAUUAAGCCACGAACAGCCAAGGAAAGAAAAAGGCUGCUGUUAUCUGAAACCCCUAAGUGUUUCCAAAUCCUUUUGCCUACAUCUAAGGUUGAAGAUCCAAAUGCAAAACGUAAUCAUGUGAACCCAAUUGGUGCCAAACCAACUGCUUUGAGUAAGAUAACAGAUAUGAAAAGAUUAAAGAAAGGUGUUUAUGAAAAAAAAGUGGCAGUAGCUAGGAAAAAUAGAAAAAUGGCCCUGGACAAAAAGAAGAAAACUAAGCAGAUCAGGAAUACAUUUGAAUUGGAUUUAUGGGGUACAGACACUCCAGAAGCGAAAGGCAUUCCAUCGACAUUGUGUGAUGAGUUUGUUCCACCUGAAGCACAGCUGCACAACGUCCUGCCGGAGAGACGUCUCCGUCCCAAACCUGCACCUCCUAAGACUGUUGUGAACAGAGCAGCAGUAGAAUUACCACACCCUGGUGUCAGUUACAAUCCUAGCUUUAAGGAACAUCAAGAAUUGCUUCAAGAAGUUGUUCAACACGAACAAAAGAUGAUGAAGCGUGAGACGCAUCUGAAUCGUGUCACUACGGGAAUGUUCAGGAAAGUUACGCUGCAAGAGAGGGAGAAUCAAUGGCGUGAAGAGAUGAGCGUAGGACUCCCUCAACCGCAUAAUCCCGCUAACGACCAAGAGUCAGAGUCGGACAGUGAAUAUAAACCAAUCAAUCCACCUGUGAAGAACAAGAAGAAAGAUCACAAAACCCGUAGGAGACAGAAAGAGAUGCUGGCAGAAAAAGAACGAUUGAAGCGACUCAAAAUUGAAAAGAAGAAGAUCACUGAUCUAUACAAACUGCGAAAGCUGGAAUCAUCCUUAUCUGAAGUGGAUAAACGUCAAGCGAAAGAACGUGAAGCUCGAGCUUUGAAACGUGCCGUAGUAGAGGCGACCGCUCUACCCGCACUAAACGCACACAAAACGCCUAAACAAGAACCUGAAUAUGUCGAUCCGGACCAACUCACCGGAGACUUGAGACAGAUCAAAACUAAAGCGAAUUUGCUUCGCGAUCGUUAUGAAUCGCUACAGCGUAGAGGAGCGUUAGCCGCCGCCAAACUAAUGAUGAAGAAAAAGAAGAAACUCAAGAGCUACUUCAAGCCCGGACACAAAGUGACCGAUCAGGACGUCGAGCGGUACGUGAAUAGAACAGCAGGAAAAAAGUGACCUUAGAACUGGGUAUAUAAGGUUCAAUUUUGCAUAUAAAUAAAUAUAUUAUUAAAG